UUUCGUUGGUUAAAUCAAAAUAUCUGAUAACAGCUCAAGAGAUUUUUGUGUCCGCAUAAGAAAAAUUUGUGUAGCUCUUACUUAGCUUAACUGUUGCCGAACUCGCCUCGUAUUUAUGUAUCGCUGAAGUUACGUGUAUUCGGGUGUUAAUUCAGGUUCGACUUCGCCUAAAAUUGUGUGCUUUUCAAUCGCGUUUAUUGCGUUGUGGCUGUGUGAAAAAAAACGAUCAACAUUCGUGGACAGUGAUGAAUAAUGGAAUGUUCCAAGACUGGCCGUAGAAAACUGUGUUUAUUGAUUGAUGUGGAGACAGCUGAAAAAACAAUAACAGAAAACAAAAGUCUAAAAACAUCAACACAGCUCACAACAGUGUAGUGGUAUUUAUAUGACGACCCCCGUACCUAUUGCAUACCAAUGAAUGGCCGAGCAUGUGUUUAUGAAUGAAUAACGGAUCCCAGUCUGCUACCUCUGACAGUCAGUUCAUAUAGAAACAAAAAGAAGGCAGUCAGUUCUCUUUCUCUCGUUGUGUCGGAUCGAGUGCUUGCUGGCCUGUAGAUUAUUAUGGUUCUCGCGACUGGUUGACUAGCUGGUUCCGUUCAACUUCUCUGGCUGGCUGAUGAUGGUGGUGGUAUUCGCGUGUGUAGCCGCAGCACAUCAUCAGAGCACAGAGCAACAAAAAUGGAAAUAAGCGGAGAGCAGAGUAAAUAAAAAAUAAACUUCGCCAUAUUGAAUCGCGAGAACUUCUGAUAGGUCCUACAUUUUUCCGCACCAGAAUCACAGUCGAAAAUCUUUUCCCGUUUCCAGGACCUUACCCAGUGCAAUCAGUGGUGUCGAUGUAGCUGAACGGGAGAAUGAUAAAGUGACCGAAGAAAAUUAGAUCGCACUGAAUGACCGAAUGCUAGUCGAUUUUUCAGCAGCUCAGGCUUAGUGCAAUUACAUUGUCCGGAUUUGGGAGGACUGUAUCCUCUUGUGCAAUUAUAACACAAAGAAAGUGAAGUGCGGAACACUCCGUGUAAUAGUCAAGCUGGAGCCUUGGGACUCAGACUGCUCCAAAAUCACGCAGAAACGUCGUUCAACUACCCGACCGUCGAACGGGACAAAGGUGCAGCAGUGGAGGCGAACAAAAAGUACGGACAAGAUGAACCAAGCGAUAUCCAGAAAUAGAUUCGAGAAAGUAUGCAUAGUUCCAGAAGAUGAAAUCUCGAAGAAACUACCAAAAGAGAUUCUACUACGAAUUUUAUCCUAUCUUGACGUGACCUCGCUGUGUCGAUGUGGACAGGUAUCCCGAUACUGGAAUAUUCUGGCCCUGGAUGGAUCGAAUUGGCAAAAAAUCAAUCUGUUCGAUUUUCAGCGGGACAUUGAGGGUUUAGUCAUCGAAAACAUCUCUCUGCGAUGCGGUGGCUUUCUGAAAAAUCUUUGCCUGCGGGGCUGUCAGUCGGUGGGCAGCCAAUCGAUACGAACCCUUGCUCAACACUGCCAUAACAUAGAACAGCUGGACCUGGCCGAGUGCAAGAAAAUUACCGAUGUUGCCAUACAGCCACUUAGCAGGUACUGCGCAAAACUGACCGCCAUCAACCUCGAAUCCUGCUCGCAGAUCACCGACUGCAGCCUGAAGGCCCUGUCGGAUGGAUGUCCGAACCUAACGGAGAUCAAUGUUUCUUGGUGCAAUCUUAUAACGGAGAACGGUGUCGAGGCAAUAGCUAGGGGUUGUAAUAAAGUGAAAAAGUUCAGCUGUAAAGGUUGCAAACAGGUGAACGACAGAGCCGUUAUUUCACUAGCACUAUUUUGUCCCAAUAUUGAGGUUUUAAAUCUGCACAGUUGUGAUAGCAUAACAGACGCCUCGGUGUCCAAAAUUGCGGAAAAGUGCAUCAACCUUAAGCAGCUGUGCGUGUCUAAAUGUUGCGAGCUUACCGAUCAGACCCUAAUAUCACUCGCCAUGUACAAUCAUUACUUGAACACACUGGAAAUGGCCGGUUGUACGCAGUUUACCGACUCAGGAUUCAUAGCGCUAGCGAAGAACUGUAAAUACUUGGAGCGAAUGGAUCUGGAAGAGUGUAGUUUAAUAACUGAUGCUACGCUGUUCAAUCUAGCCCUAGGCUGCCCAAGCUUAGAAAAACUGACUUUGUCACACUGUGAACUGAUUACGGACGAGGGCAUACGGCAGCUGGCUGCCGGCGGCUGCGCUGCGGAAAGUCUAUCCGUCCUAGAGUUGGAUAACUGCCCACUGAUAACCGACGCGACACUCGAACAUCUGAUAACCUGUCACAAUCUACAGAGGAUAGAGCUCUACGACUGCCAACUAAUAUCUAGAAAUGCUAUCCGUCGACUGAGGAAUCACCUACCAAACAUUAAAGUACACGCGUACUUUGCCCCAGUGACACCGCCGCCGACCACCAACGGACCACGACCCAGGUAUUGUCGAUGUUGUGAGAUUCUUUGAGAUCAGGCGAUUGGCUUAGCCAGGAAAGUUCUCUGUAGGAGUAGAGAUGACUGAUAUUUAUACUUAUAAUCUAAAUGCAAGACAGGAACACUAAGGCGGCGAACGUAAGAACUUGUAUGUAAAAUGGCUACAAUUGGAUGUACGCUAGUGAAAAAGUAUCCUGCACCCCUUUGGGAUAUGAACAGUGUAACACUGAACGAUAAUAAUCUAUUCUAAUCAUCAUCACUGAGUAGGGUCGUAGAAAUUAAAAUUAAUGGGAAAUCAUUUCCCAAGGCCUGCAAAUCAAUCUGCAAAAUCGCAUUCUCGCCUGCAAACUUUCACACACACUCACAACACAAACAUAACCAAAUGAAAAACAUAACAACCAGUGCAAAACCAGACUAACAUUUAUCGACAAAAGAAGAAAUACCUAGAUAUAUUUUUCGAAAAAGAAAUACUAAAAGAUUUGGAAAGUCACACACAUUUCUCCGAAAAAAAAACACUUCUGUGGGAUUCAAAGGAACAACACAACGGCAACCAUAAACAAACAUGUGUUCAAUUAGUAGUGAAAGAAUAACGCGUAGAUCAAACGGAGAAUCCGGAAUAAUGCAUUAUUUGUUAGUGAGCGAAUCAGGCUUGGCAUUUGAAAAUAAAAGCAAGCUGCUAUUCGAACGACAAGUCCUCAGAAAAAAAAACAGGCAGCACGCAGUACGUAGUACCUACGUAAAAGCCAGCAACUGGAUAGAAAAAUAAUCAGAUCGAUUAGUUUUUUGAAAGCAGAACAUUAAAAGAAGAAAACAUUGCUUAAGCAUACUAAAAUCAUCAGCGAGAAAACAAUAAACUCUAGAGAUAAAUGACAUUUGUCGUAAAAAAUAUUUAUUGAUAAUCGAAUCAAAAUGGAAUGGCCGCAUUAAUUUAGCGUGCACGAAGGACGAGUUGAGGAAACUAUCGUCGCAAAACGAUCUGUGAAACAAGCGUGAGAAUGUGAUAUGUUAUGAAGGAUAGGGCGAUAAAUGUGCGAAAUCAGCUGAAAUAUGUGUACGGAAACGUAGUGACAUACCCACCAUAUGAGGCGAGUUGAGCACCAGUGUUUAACGAAGAACUGUGAUAUACAUUUUAAUUGUCAAACAAAUUGUAGUAAUUGAGAUGUUCAGAAUAAAUAGCGUGUGCUGAGGAACCGUAUUUGUUGAACUCAAGCAUCUCUGCAAUGCUCUACAAACAAAAACAAUUGACCGACUGAGCGUUCGACCAAAUGUGGGUUCGAUCGAAUCCGACUCUCGGUGAAGCGAUCCGUUGUAAUGCAAAAUAAGACUGUAUAUUUGAUUGACAAUGGUGUGCUCAUAGAUCUAAUUUCAACAAGAUGUGAUUUUGAAUCCAAUACGCUCGAAAAUACGGUAUUGUAUUUGAAAAAUAAAUAGGAGGGUUGGAAUAAUUAUCGAAAUUUAAUUUGCACUUAAUGAGAAAACUUAACUUUUCUGGAACAUACCCUUUCUGCCCCUCGAGAGUGCUCAAAUUGCUCCACAUGGAAUGUUACUGCGUUUAAUGAUGAAUGAUUGGGAAAAGGGAAUGAAUUUAAUGGUAAAAGAAAAAAAACGAACAAGUUGAUGUGCAAAACAAGCAAGGAGCUAAUUUGAUUGUGAUUCAAUUAUAUUUACGAUGCUGAACCAUAAGGUGACACAUUAGGAAAAAAUAAAAGUAAGAUUUUACAUAUAAAUACAAAA